GGCCGCGCGGGAGCGCGCGGGGGGAGCAGCGGCGCCGUCGGGUCCCCGUCGGGGCUCCGUGGGUCCCCGACCCGCCCCCGGCCCAGCUAUGGCGGGCGCCAGGCCCGGCGUCCACGCGCUGCAGCUGGAGCCGCCCACCGUCGUGGAGACCCUGCGGCGCGGGAGUAAGUUCAUCAAAUGGGACGAGGAGGCCUCCAGUCGGAAUCUGGUAACUCUGCGCGUGGACCCCAGUGGCUUCUUCCUGUACUGGACAGGACCCAACAUGGAGGUGGACACACUGGACAUCAGUUCCAUCAGGGACACGAGGACAGGCCGUUAUGCCCGCCUACCCAAGGACCCCAAGAUUCGGGAGGUGUUGGGCUUUGGGGGCCCUGAUGCCCGGUUGGAGGAGAAGCUGAUAACAGUGGUGGCCGGGCCAGACCCGGUGAAUACAUCGUUUUUGAACUUCAUGGCCGUGCAGGAUGACACAGCCAAGGUCUGGUCCGAGGAGCUGUUCAAGCUGGCUAUGAACAUCCUGGCUCAGAACGCCUCCCGGAACACCUUCUUGCGCAAAGCGUACACGAAGCUGAAACUGCAGGUGAACCAGGAUGGACGGAUCCCGGUCAAGAACAUCCUGAAGAUGUUCUCAGCAGACAAGAAGCGGGUAGAAACUGCGCUGGAAUCCUGUGGCCUCAAUUUCAACCGGAGCGAGUCCAUCCGGCCUGACGAGUUUUCCUUGGACAUCUUCGAGAGGUUCUUGAACAAGCUUUGUCUGCGGCCGGACAUUGACAAGAUCCUGCUGGAGAUAGGUGCCAAGGGCAAACCAUACCUGACGCUGGAGCAGCUCAUGGACUUCAUCAACCAGAAGCAACGGGACCCGAGGCUCAAUGAAGUGCUCUACCCGCCUCUGCGGCCCUCCCAGGCCCGGCUGCUUAUCGAGAAGUAUGAGCCCAACCAGCAAUUCCUGGAGAGAGACCAGAUGUCCAUGGAGGGCUUCAGCCGCUACCUGGGAGGUGAGGAGAAUGGCAUCCUGCCCCUAGAGGCCCUGGAUCUGAGCGCAGACAUGACCCAGCCGCUCAGUGCCUACUUCAUCAACUCCUCACACAACACCUAUCUCACUGCGGGGCAGCUGGCGGGAACCUCGUCGGUGGAGAUGUACCGGCAGGCACUGCUGUGGGGCUGCCGCUGCGUGGAGCUGGACGUGUGGAAAGGGCGGCCGCCUGAGGAGGAGCCCUUCAUCACCCACGGCUUCACCAUGACCACGGAGGUGCCACUGCGAGAUGUGCUGGAGGCCAUUGCGGAGACCGCCUUCAAGACCUCGCCCUACCCCGUCAUCCUCUCCUUUGAGAACCAUGUGGACUCGGCAAAGCAGCAGGCCAAGAUGGCUGAGUACUGCCGCUCCAUCUUUGGGGACGCGCUGCUCAUCGACCCCCUGGACAAGUACCCGCUGGCCCCGGGCGUCCCCCUGCCCAGCCCCCAGGACCUGAUGGGCCGCAUCCUGGUGAAGAACAAGAAGCGGCACCGGCCCAGCACUGGCGUUCCCGACAGCUCCGUGCGCAAGCGGCCGCUGGAGCACAGCAACUCGGCCCUGAGCGGGAGCUCCGCUGCCACCGAGCCCUCCUCGCCCCAGCUCGGGUCCCCCAGCUCUGACAGCUGCCCAGGCCUGAGCAAUGGGGAGGAGGCGGGCCUUGAGAAGCCCAGCCUGGAGCCUCAGAAGUCUCUGGGUGAGGAGAGUUUGCAGCGGGGCCCUGAUACUCUUGGAUCUGCCUACCGUGAGGAUGAGGAAGAGGAUGAGGAAGAGGAGGAACAGACGGACCCCAAAAAGCCGACCACCGAUGAGGGCACUGCCAGCAGUGAGGUCAAUGCCACUGAGGAAAUGUCGACACUUGUCAACUACAUCGAGCCCGUCAAGUUCAAGUCCUUUGAGGCUGCUCGAAAGAGGAACAAGUGCUUUGAGAUGUCAUCCUUUGUGGAGACCAAGGCCAUGGAGCAACUGACCAAGAGCCCCAUGGAGUUUGUGGAAUACAACAAGCAGCAGCUCAGCCGCAUCUACCCCAAGGGCACACGCGUGGACUCGUCCAACUACAUGCCCCAGCUCUUCUGGAACGUGGGCUGCCAGCUCGUCGCGCUCAAUUUCCAGACCCUGGAUGUGGCCAUGCAGCUCAACGCGGGCGUGUUCGAGUACAACGGGCGCAGUGGCUACCUACUCAAGCCCGAGUUCAUGCGGCGGCCGGACAAGUCCUUUGACCCCUUCACCGAGGUCAUCGUGGACGGCAUCGUGGCCAAUGCCGUGCGGGUCAAGGUGAUCUCGGGGCAGUUCCUGUCUGACAGGAAGGUGGGCAUCUACGUGGAGGUGGAUAUGUUCGGCCUCCCUGUCGACACGCGGCGCAAGUACCGCACUCGGACCUCUCAGGGGAACUCGUUCAACCCCGUGUGGGAUGAGGAGCCCUUCGACUUCCCCAAGGUGGUGCUGCCCACGCUGGCUUCGCUGCGCAUCGCGGCCUUUGAGGAGGGUGGCAAGUUUGUGGGGCACCGGAUCCUGCCUGUCUCUGCCAUCCGCUCAGGGUACCACUACAUCUGCCUGCGGAACGAGGCCAACCAGCCGCUGUGCCUGCCGGCCCUGCUCAUCUACACUGAGGCCUCUGACUACAUCCCCGAUGACCACCAGGACUACGCAGAGGCCCUGAUCAAUCCCAUCAAGCACGUCAGCCUGAUGGACCAGAGGGCCAAGCAGCUGGCCGCCCUCAUUGGGGAGAGUGAGGCUCAGGCUGGCCCAGAGACAAGCCAGGAGACCCAGUCUCAGCAGCCAGGGUCCCAGCUGACCCCAAACCCCACACCCAGCCCACUGGACGCCUCCCCCCGCCGGCCCCCAGGCCCCAUCACCUCCCCAGCCAGCACCUCCCUCAGCAGCCCAGGUCAGCGCGAUGACCUCAUUGCCAGCGUCCUCUCAGAGGUGGCCCCGGCCCCGCUGGAUGAGCUCCGAGGCCACAAGGCCCUGGUGAAGCUCCAGAGCCGGCAAGAGCGAGACUUUCGAGAGCUGCACAAGAAGCAUCAGCGGAAGGCGGUUGCCCUCACACGCCGGUUGCUCGACAACCUGGCCCAGGCUCGGGCCGAGAGCAGGUGCCAGCACCGGCCGGGUGUCCUCCCAAGUCCAUGUGAUGACCUGAGCAUCACCCAGAGGGGUUCUCCCCACAGAGGCGGGGAGGAUGAGAGGGAGGAGGAGGAAGAGGUGAAGAGGUAUCAAGAGUUCCAAAAGAAACAGGUGCAGUGUCUGCUGGAGCUGAGGGAGGCCCAGGCGGACACAGAGGCCAAGCGGAGGCUGGAGCACCUGAGACAGGCUCAGCAAAGGCUCAGGGAGAUUGUCAUGGAUGCUCACACCACUCAGUUCAAGAGACUGAAGGAGAUGAACGAGAGGGAGAAGAAGGAACUGCAGAAGAUCCUGGACAGGAAGCGCCACAACAGUAUCUCAGAGGCAAAGACCAGGGAGAAACAUAAGAAGGAGGCGGAACUGACAGAGAUUAACCGUCGGCACAUCACUGAGUCGGUCAACUCCAUCCGUCGGCUGGAGGAGGCCCAGAAGCAGCGGCAGGAACGCCUUGUGGCCGCGCAGCAGCAGAUUCUCCAACAGCUGACAGAAGAGGAGCCCAAGCUGCUGGCCCAGCUGGCCCAGGAGUGUCAGGAGCAGCGGGAGAGGCUGCCCCAGGAGAUCCGCCGGAGCCUGCUGGGCGAGACGCCGGAGGGACUGGGGGACGGGCAUCUGGUGGCCUGUGCCAGCAAUGGUCACGCGCCUGGGAGCAGUGGGCACCUGUCCGGCGCUGAUUCGGAGAGCCAAGAGGAGACUACGAAGCUCUGAACUGGCUGAGCAAGAGAUGAGGAAACUGAGGCCACAACUAAGUCAAGACGUCCUGACCUGGAGGCAGGGUGGGCCUGGACCCUCUAUGGCAGACUGUCUUCGGCCAGCCUGGAGGACCUGCUCCAUGCCUCCCCCUCCUGCCCUGGGACAGCGUGGAGUGGCAGAGACCCCGCAGCGAGGGUGCGGCUGGGUUCUGCAGCAGGGUCAGGCUGGCACUUCUUCAAGGCCUCUCCCAGCUUCCUGGCGCUUCCCAGGCUGCCUCCCUCCUCCAGAGGAAGGCAGCCUCUUAUCUGAGCUUAUCUCCUGCCAAUUGAGUGUUUUCUUUCUUUGUUUUUGCUGCAACCUCAGGCAAACAGAUGGGGUGGGGAGGCCAGAGAAACAGGAUUUCCAGAGCGGGGCCUUCCCAGGGCUGGGGACCUCUGCCUUGGGCCCUGCUCCCUUAGGGUCAGUAUCAUUGCCCGGGCCUUCCCUGCUUCUGUGGUCAGGUCUUGUCCUAGCCCCAAAGCUGCCCUGUCCAGGCCCCUGAGCAGCUGACUCCCAUCUUCCUGACUCCACACAUAAACACUACACGUCAGUCCACAGGUCCUCAAAGACCAGGCUAAACUCCUAGGCAUGACAUUCCGACCCUUGAGAAGCCUGGUCUCUGCAGCUCCUCCAUCCUUCCAAGGGUUACUCUUUCCUCCACUGGGAAUGACAGCCCCCUCCCCCAUCUCCUCAAGUCUCAGCUCUAGCUCACCUCCUCCCUGAAGCCGUCCCUGACUUUACCAUGCCGGAGGGAGUCGCCCUCACCCCGCUUCCAGGCCCCUGUUAUAGCACUGGCUGACAGUAACUCCACUGUGAGAGGCUGGCUUUCCCCUUGCCAGGAAGCUUGGGACAGCAGGGGCUGUGGCGUAAUUCAUCUCUGUGUACCUAGUACAAAGUGCUGGCUUGUCUGUAGGGGGCGCCAAUAAAUCUUUCUGAAAUUGAGCUCUGA